AUGAGCUGCGGAGCUCUCUUGUACAGCCAGCGGUUGACGCAGCGCGCAGCAGCAGCAGCAGCUGCUGCUGCUGCAUCGACAGCAGCAGCAGCAGCAGCAGCAACAGCAACGCCAGCAGCAACGAGGAAUUUGGUGAAGGAGUUUGUGUGCAUUCGGUCUUUCGGCUCUCAUGUAGCUUCAAAGCGUUUUUAUAGCAGCAGUAGCAGCAGCAGGCGCAGCAGCAGCAGCAGCAGCAGCAACAGGAAGCAGUCUCUGCUGAAGAAUGUCUCCCCGCUACGUGUUGCUGCUAGUGGAAUGGAGAGUAUAAGGCUGAGUGAUCAUUUUAUAUAUCACCGGCAGCAGCAGCAGCAGCCGCAGCAGCAGCAGCAGCAGCAGCGUCAACGGCGCGUCAAGGGCGUUUCUGCUGCUGCUGCUGUUGCUGCUGUUGCUGCAGCAGCAGCAGCAAUCACGCUUCUCGUUUCUACUUGGAAGGAUGACCUGCCCACCCAAGUGGAGAAGCUAGAGAAGAAGUUGAAGGAGCAGCAGUAUAUCUGA